CGUCGAUCUCGAGAUACGUCAUCGUUACAGCAGCCGCGCUUAACCCUAACGCCUCUUUGAUUUUGUAUAGAGUCUCCUGGUUUAUAUUGAUCAUGCCUCCGAGAUACUGUUAGAUCAAGAACUACUUUGUACAGCAUUCUAUCACUCUUCUUCUAUACCAUGGAUCACCCGCGCAGAAGUAUCCAACCGGCCGCGUCGACCAAGCGUGUACCAACCGUUCGUUCGAGCCCCGCCAUCAAGCGUUCAAUCUCGUCUGCGACAGCUGGACUUCAAGAUCAGACUGGUUCGGGGUCUGCCGGUCAAGCGCAGGAGCCAAACAAACAGGCCCUCAACUACAGUCUUCAGAUGAAGAACGCGCUCACAGAGCUCCUUAAUGACGCCCGAGCCAAGGGAAGCGAUCAGGGAAGCCGCUGCCUACAGAAUAUCCUGAUGGAAAACGAGCGAGAAGUGAGGGAGAAUAGACGGAAAUCGCUUAAUACCCGAGGCGCGAAUUGAGGAUAUAUUUGAUCAUCGCGGAAUGUCAUCCUAUCUCUUUCCGGGGAAACAACGUUGGAGGUCUCCCAGCCGCAUGCAAGCAUGGGGUUCUAUAAGGAUCAUUAUGUCGCUUCCAGGCGUUGUAAUGAUGAAAGGGGGUUUUACAAGCGUCGUAACGUGGGAAUAUGAUAAUUCCUUAUAUUGUGGAGAGAUCAACCCACCAACACAACGCCGUGUUUCCAGGCCUGUAUGCCGUCAAGGAAUACCAUAAUGGCAGUAUGUAUGUUUAGCCACUUCCACUAUUGUGACAUUGUUUAGAAGGUCAUGUCAUGAAUGGCUUCGGGCAUCUCUUCAACUUGUGCCUUCGUGCUUUCGGGAGCGAAGCAUGUGUAUAGCUUCUGUCUUUGCGCUGGGUCUUUAAAUUACUAGCACACGCACAUAAGGCAUACUAGUGGUGAAGAAUUCCUUUCCUAACUUUUGUGCUUCAUUGUUGGUUCUAUUGGUACCAAAGGUCAAUACAAAUGUACUAUGAG